AUGCUGUAUCAGGACUAUUUGAAUUCCCUGCGCUGGGACGAUGUCUCCUGGAGUACCUUGUACAGCUUGCUCGGUGAUCUUCCCGAUGAAGCGCCCCUGGAGAUGUUUCAGUCAGCUUGUAGUGACCAGCUGGACCUGUCCAGCGAUGCCGGAACGCGCAGCUCCAUGGAGAUCUUCAACCGGCCACGGAUAACUUCCUUGGCCACCGAGAGUGCUGCAGGAACCGACCCGGGCCAGGAGCCCCCCAGCCCGGUUGCAGUACCGGUGUGCGCACCCCAACUGAACCUCAAAGGGAGCAGCCUCAUGGGCCGAAGAGGGCGGAACCUGACCCUGAGCACCGGAACGUAA